AUGAACUUCUCAAGUAUCUUCAAGUCCAUUUCUAACUUCCAAUUUCCAUACACCAUCCAGGAAACUGCCACCAAUGAAACAGCUCUCUGGCAAUCUUUUGAUGGAAUAAGGAAGGCAGAUUCAUUGCCCGUGACUGCUUUUAAAGCCAAAAGGACACCAGAAAACGCAUCUUUGAUCUUGAAUGCUGUACACAAGGCCAAAAUUUUAAAGAUUCCAGGGCUUUGUACUGUGUUAGAAACAUUCGAUUCAGAUCCUCAAUCUACAUUCAUUGUUACUGAACGAGUUAUUCCGUUUCCUUGGGAUGAUCUGAGCUGCUUAUCCCAAAACAAAUUUGGUAUCGAACUAGGAAUAUCACAGUUAUUAACAACUUUGGGAUUUUUGAACAAAUUUGUUCUUGGUACACUCUCGAAAGAUUCGGUAUAUAUCAAUGGUAAGGGAGAGUGGGUAUUGUUUGGACUAGAACUCUUUGCAAGCAAGGAGGGUUUAAGUGCUUUUGAGUUUGCUAGCAAAGCUAGAACAUAUUACCAACUUCAUGGCUCACAACUGCCUAGUGAGGAUCCAAAUACGAUUGAUUCAAUGAAAUUGGGUUUCUUGAUAAAGGAUCUUAUGGGUCCUUCUUCUCUUCCAAAGGAUUGGGUGGUUCAUGUUAAUAUGAUCCUAGAAGGAAGGGCCACGAUCGAGAGCUUCACAAAGAGGCUAGAAAAUACAGAAACUUGGCGUUCUAAUCCUUUGAUAAACUUCUAUCAAGAUUUGAAGGAAUUGCAUAUAAAGGACCCACGUGGAAAAUUGACUGUAAUGUCAAAUUUAGAAAAUCUGUACUUGGAGUCAAGAGAGAUUUUUCGCAACCUGACACCUGGGAUGAUCGAAAAUUUCAUUAUUCCAGAGCUAUGUGAUAUCAUAAAAUUGUUGAUAUCACAAAGCAUGGCUAGCACCAGCAGUAAUGUGGCCACAGACUUCAACGCAUCACAUAAACUUGUACCAUUCCUAGCAAUAAUCUUGGAUUUGACUUCAGAAACCAACACUUUCCCAGUUGGAUUCAACGAUCUUAUUACCCAAAGUUUCAAACUAACUGAUAGACAAGUAAGAUUUCUUCUAUUGAUAUAUCUACCUAAACUAAUAGAACCAUUGGGUAAGUCAGAGGUCUCCGGUAAAAUAUACCCACAUUUCAGUCAGGGUUUAACAGAUUCUGAUGCCACCCUCAGGUUGCAAACAUUAAAGACAAUACCAUGCAUUGUACCAUGCUUGACUGAGAGACAGCUGAACAAUGAGCUGCUGAGAUUUCUUGCGAAGACACAGGUUGAUUCCGAUAUCGAAAUUCGAACAUGGACUGUCAUCAUCAUAAGCAAAAUUUCGACAAUACUAUCGACUUCUGUUGGUAAUCGUUCGAAUAUCUUGGCUACAGCAUUUACUAAGUCUUUGAAAGAUCCCCAAGUGAAACCGAGAUUGGCCGCACUUUAUGGGUUAGAGAAAUCAAUCGAGUUGUUUGAUGUGAAUACCAUCGCCAACAAAAUCUUAACGGUUAUUGCUCCUGGUUUGUUGGAUAAAAGCCCCUUGGUAAGAGAUAAAGCAAAAAUGUUAUUUGAAAUGUAUCUGAGCAAACUGGAGAAAGAGGCCCAACUGAUUCAAGCUAGCGACGAUUCUAGCGAUUCAAGAGACAUGAAGGAAAUUGACUUUGACACCUACGGUUGUGACGAAGAAGAUUUAAAUAAGGAAGAUAAUCUCCUCGCCGCACAGUUUUUGAACAAUUUACGCUUGAACUCGCCCUUGGCGAUAUUGCCAAAUAGUGCCGCUGACAGCGAAGUCGAAUCCACUUGGGAUGACAAUGGGUGGGGUGAAAACGGUGAUACUAACGAUUCCAUGACAAACGGCAGAACGAAAGCAUCUCCCAAGUCAACCAGUCGUAUGGCCACAGCAACCACAAACACACAAGAGGUCUCUGGGAAACCAGUUAAAGUUAACAAGAGCUGGAAUGAAGAAUUGAACGAUAACGACUGGUUGCAGGACGAAAGCGAUCCAUGGAAUGUGCCUGAGGAUCGUCCAAAACCACAGGUCUCGGUUUUAGGGAAAAAAGUGGCACCUAGUGUAAAGCUUUCAAUCAAGAAGAAGAAAACGACGAUUUUAGCGCCAAGAGGCGGCAGAACCAAUGUCACCACCACUGCUACUGCUUCUAAAGCUUCCACAUCAAACAAAACAACAAGAAGCGAAUUCAGCAGUGCCCACAACCAAACAACAAAGAAAGCCAGUGCAGAUAGUUGGGAUGAUGGUGCAGAUGCAGACCCUUGGGAUACGGACUGGUGA